AUGGUUGAAGACUUAACGAAAAUUCUCAUACUAAUUGAUUAUCCAUUUCUUCAUUUUAUAAAAGAUAAUUUUUAUAUUUCCCAACGAGCUGCCAACACUAUUAUAGCGGAUAUUACUCCUUUCCGAAUUUCACCCGAAGCAUUAGCUGUUAUAAACCAUUUUCUUGAUGAAUUCUUAUACUUACUUGUGGACACUUCUUGUUCUCUUUACCUGGAAAAUAUAAAAUUAGCCAUAUUUAAUGUAUUACCUACUCAUGUAGGUAAAAAUUCAAUUAAAGAAGCCGAUUUUGAAUUAAACACAUUUUUAGAAAGUGGAAAUUUUGAUAAAACCUUAGAAAAAACUGUUGAAUUAUCUGAUCCAUAUCCAGUACAAAGAGUUUUUGAACAAUUUCGUAUAAAAUGUAAAUAUUAUAGCACUUUAAGUGAACAAAAUUUUUCUAUUAAUGAUUGUGAUCCCAGCACAGUGCCUGGUUUGCAUAAUAGUGAUGGGAUCUAUAUUUCUCCAAGUUUGGCUAUUUAUGUGACUGCUGUAUUAGAAUAUGUUGGUGAACAUAUCUUGGUAUUAGUAGCCAAAACUUUAAAACAAGGUGAUGUAACUGUAGCGAAAGCCAAUGAAGUUUAUUUGGCAUUGACUGAUAGUCAAGUUUUACCUGUGUUUCAACGUACUAGUCUAAAAGAAAAGAUGGAGGAGACAUUGCCUACACUACCAAAAUCUCCGGAUUCGAAUAUUUCAUUAUCACCGAUAUCUCCCCAGACUCCUUUAUCAGCAAAUGUUACAGAUGGUAAUAUUAUGUUUCGGUCACUAGAAGUGAUUUCACCUAGUAGUCCGAUUAAGGAUGGUGAUGUUAUACCUCGAUUCGCGGAAGCUAUCUCACCUAGUAGUCCGGCUAAAGUUGGUAAUAUUACGUUUCGAUCACCGGAAGCUAUUUUACCUAGUAUUCCAACUAAAGAUGGUGAUAUUAUAUCUCAAUCACCGGAAACUGCUGUCUCAUCUAGUAGUCCAAAUAAACUAAGUUUUCGUAAUGAGGUGGGUGGAGGACCACGAAAAGGUUCUGUUGAUAGCGCUUUGUGGAAUAAUAGUUCUACAAAAAAAUCAUUUGGAAGGACAAGUUUAGAAUCUAAGAAUGUAGGAGUUCACUCACCGAAAAAAAAAUUCAAGGAACGUGAUAUUAGAAGUAUAUCUAGUUUGGAUGACAUAGACAAAGCAAUAAGCUUCGAACACCUAAUUUCCAACAACCAAAAUUUAACAUUGAAAGUCUCUUUGACUUCAAAUAGGAUGAAAACAAUUGAGACUCAAAAACAGGAGCCUCGGAAAUUUGAACCCCGUGAACCAGUAGCUCGCGAACGAUUAAUUCCAUCAACUAACUCUAAAUCACAAAAGAACGAAGAGGACGAUGAUAUUGACGAGUUUAUGGGCUUAAAGAAGAAGCCUAAAGAAAGUUUGUUUGAGUUCUUGAAAAAUUCUGAUCCUGAUAGUAUUUUAAAUCAACCAACGGGAAAACUUAAGAGGAAGGAUUCAAAAAUUGAACUUCUUCAAAAACGUUUAUUUUCCAAUAAAUCUGGUUCAUCAUCUCUCGGGCGUUCUACGACUGGUCCGUCUUAUCAUAAUGGCAGGCCUCGUCAUAUUCCUCUUAUCCCUACCGGAAGAUUGUCAACAUCGGAUAUCAGGUUAUCAUCAUCAUAUAAUACUAGUACUCUUUAUCACAGCAAAUCUUUAGAUCAAUUAAGUACUCUUUAUAAAAGCGGAUCAAUAGCAAAUAAUAACACUGAUAACCUUUAUAAUAGGCAAAAACAGGGAUCUGGCUCAUUAGAUUUCAACGAUGAUGAUUAUUCUAUUAUAAAUUAUGAAAAACCAUCUAAACGAUUUGAUACUCAAGAUUUGAUUGAUUUCUUAAACACAUCAUCACCACCAAGUGAUACAUUCUCGGGAAAGAAAGAAAAGAUUUUUACAAAACUAUUAUCUAAAUUAAAAAUACCGACCAAAGGAAAAUAUAAUAUCAGUUUAAACCAAUCUAAUAGUAAUUGCACGUUGAUUUAUAGACCUAAACAUAUUAAGAUUCAAAUUCCUGAGACAUUACUUAAAGAAGGAACUCAAGAACAAGUUAUUAAAUCGAAUGUUAAAUCGAAUAUUAAAUCGAAUUCAUUACCAAUUAGGUCAUCAUCGUUGAAAGCAAGAAAUGAUAUUAAGCAUGGUGAUAAAAUUUUUCAAACAAAUAACCUAUCACAUACCCAUUCCCCACUGUCGAACAAUGAUUCAAUUUCAAAAUCUACUAUUGUUAAUGAUAAUAAUAAUGGUGAUGUUAGUAAAACUAAUAUUAUUAAUAAUAACAACAUUAAUAUUAUUAGUACUACUAAUAAUAUUAGCAGCGCUAAUAUUAUUAGUAAUGCUAGUAAUAAUAGGCAUAGUAAAGAUAUUAGUAAUAUUAAUAACAAAGAUGUUGAUGUUGUUAAUGAUAAAGAUAUGGAUAGCAAGAAUAACAAUAAUGAUGACGAUGUGAAAGAAUUCGAACAACCUAAACAACAAACAAUUAAUCAUACUGAUAAUAAUAUUAAUAGCAUUGAUGUUAUUAAUGAUAAAGUUAUUAUCGUUGAUGAUAAAGAUGAUAGAGAUGUGGACAGCAAGAAUAACAAUAAUGAUGACGAUGAGAAAGAAUCUGAACAAUCUAAGCAACAAACAAUUAAUCAUAUUGUUAGUAAUAUUAAUAACAGUGAUGUCGUUGAUGAUAAAGAUAUGGAUAACAAGAAUAAUAAUAAUGAUGACGAUACGAAAGAAUCUGAACAGUCUAAGCAACAAACAAUUAAUCAUAUUGUUGAUAAUUUCUUACAAGAUGUAAUUUUCAUGGGGUCUGUGUUUGAAGAAUCCAACGAUGAAUCAGAACAAAAAUUAAUCCCUGAAUUUACUGAAUUAAAUGAAGAUGAUAUGGAUGAAAUAUUGGUCGUAGAAUGGUUAUUAAUUGGUUCCGGGUUAGUAUUAUAG